CUUCAGGGAAAUGGUCAUGAGCGGGAUUUCAUGAAUGAUGAACGAGUUUACAUAAUGGAUGUAUAUAACAGAGGAAUCUACCCUCAUGAUGGCUUUGCAAAACGAGCUAUAAAAAGGAAAGUGGAACUGUCUCACUUCACUGAUGAUACAACCUACCUAGCUCUUGUGGACAGACACACUUCUGAGGCCUUAGAGGAGUUCCAGCCUGAUGCUGUGAUCUACAAUGCAGGGACGGAUAUACUGGAAGGAGACCCCUUAGGGAACCUCUCAAUUUCGGCUCAGGGAAUUAUUGAAAGGGAUAGACUUGUGUUCAGUCAUGUACGAAGUCGAAAUAUUCCCAUUUUUAUGGUGACUAGUGGAGGAUAUCAACGAAGCACUGCACGGAUCAUUGCAGACUCCAUCCUUAAUCUUAAACAGCUGGGACUAAUCGGCUGCAAGGAGGCAGAAAAUGCCCCAAAACCUCGGAUAAGAAUUCCUAGGAGUCAGAGUGAAGGAUUCCUGGCCAGAAUAAAAAGAAACUGUCAAUCACAACCAGAGACCAAUCCAAUUGAAGCAAAUUCAGGGGGAUGCUCCUCAUUGGCUGAAAGUUGAAGGAAGGAUAUGGAUCUAUGAACACACUGUGAUAUUAAUUUUAUUUUAUCUUGAUCUCAUGUUUUAAUAUAUGUUUUCUCAUUGAAGAGCUAUAUCAUUUUCAAAAAUUGUAAUGGUUAUAUUCUAGACAAGGGAACUUUUCAUAUGUUGUGAAGUGUAAAUUGCAUAUAUGCUCCAUGUGUCAGUGAAUUUAUGCCCAAAGACUUUUUUUUUGUUUCUUGUUUGAACAUGAACCAUUCCACACCAGUGCUGAAAAACUCAUACAUUGAUUUUGAAAUGUUGAUGUUGACAGAUGUAUUGUGCAAUAUUAAGUUUCCAUGAUCAUAUAGAUUGUAUGUUACACUAGUUUUUAAAGAAAGAAUUAUAUUAAAAAGAGUCGAUUAACAAUGUUUGUUUGUUAGCCAGUUUGACCAAUUGUUUUAUUACAGUGUACAUAUUAUAAUUUCACUGCUUACAUUGAAUUUAAUGUAUAUAUAUUUUAGGUCCAUUAUCUUAUCAAAGUUCAGUGAAAAUAAAAGC